GAUGGGAAAAGGGAGGGGGUUAAAUGCUAAUGAUAUUAAUGAACCUCCAAGCGGCUCCCGAAGAAAAUGCAGGCACUCUUGAGGCUGAGUUAGAGUGUGAAUACAGGAGUGUGGUUCUGUGUGUGCAUGAUGGUGACGACGGUGCUGCUCUUAGUGCCAGACAAAUUCAUGGAAGAAACUGGGUGGCCGUGUGUUUGAGUCUGAUGGGGCGCGUUGGAUGUGGUCAAGUGAGUUGGUCCCUUCUUGGUCACGCGCCCCUUCUGCUGGGUAAAACUUGGAUCUGGCCCGAGGUGAGUAAUUAUUCAUUUGUAACUAUCUAUGGAAAGUUAAAGCUAAGGACGCCGUUUGGGAACUUGGGGCUGGGAUGGCGUCUGCCGGAGGCUUCGAGCUCCUUAGGCCUUCGCACUGUCCGCUUGGGCACCAGCCGCGGGGAGGGUGCCGCCCGCUUCCCAGAGCAGAGUCCCUACGGAGCCGGGAGAAACUCCUGUUACCUCCACUAUCUGCACUGGGGUGGCUGGAAGGCAAAGCUUUUUCUCCUGCGGCUUGUUCCCCGUGGGCUCUGCUGGCUCCCUCUCUCCAGGCCAAAGGAUUGUGAAGCGCUCCUUCGCCUCAGCAAGCUUCUCCCAUCCCCGCCUGCGGGGAAUUCCUGUGCUUCUCGCGUCCUGGUCCCUGUGCCGCGCUGGGAGAGCGCACGCCAGAGCAGCCGGAAGCAGGACAAGAAAACAACAUUUUUGACAGCCAAGUUGGGCAGACGCUUGAGCAGAGCUAGUCCCGCCGGCGACACAGCGCACACUGGAACCCAGUACUCAGAGAGGGAAGUUAUUUCCCGGCGGAGUUUCAGACUCAGUUACCGCUGAGCCACCGGGCAUUCUGGUUCCCGCCAGAAACCCAGUUGCCGCCGUCACCGCCACCAUCAUCACGUGGAUGCAGAGGGUGGGUGGGGGUUAAAGACAAAGAGCUUCAAGAGUCCAAGUAACUUAUCUGGAGCGAAGAAGAAGGCCGGAGUCACAGUAGACCUUGGCCUGUCUCGCGGGAAACAUUUAGGAGUCUGUGGUGAAAAGGAAAUCUAGAAGUCGCUUCGCGGGUGCAGGGGCUUGCAGGUAGGAGGACUGUGGCUGUUGAGGGGUCCAAACUACACCUGGCCAUACUCCCCCACACUUUUACCCUGCUGGUGUAUUUGUAGGCAUCAAAACUUUGGGGAAAUACUUUUGAGGCUCACCAAAUUGUUUCAAAAUCAAAAUGGGAACGUUCCUCUUUCUCCUGAUACCAGCCCCUAAUCAAGCAGAAUGUCAAUAAGUCCACUGAAUAGAAACACAGAGGCGCAUGCGCGAGCGCAAACACACACACACACACACACACACACACACACACACACACCAGCCCUGGCAAAAGGCGCAUACACACACCCUCAGCAUGUUCCUACUGCGUUCUGCCCUCCCAGCUGUAAUUAUCCUCGCGCUUUGCAUAAAUCACAAUGCAGUUCUGAAAUCAUCAUGAUGACUUUCUGGCAUGAUCGGUUUGGUGGCAAUGGCAGCGACAAGAUCCAGGGUAGGCGGGAGGGGCUGGCGCUUGGAACCCACCAGGUCCAGGAGGGGCCUUGAGCCAGAGUGCUGGCCUGCUUCCGCUCCCUUGAUGAGAACUGUUGCCGGCCACAGGGAACUGGGAUCUAAGGUGUAGAGACCUGGGGGGUUGGAGUAGACCCCCAGGGUCUACAGCCUGUGCAAGGCAGGGACUGUAACUUUUUAUCCUCCCACCUGCAGGCUCCAGUACACUGCUUGCAUAAAUGGUGGGGGAAUGAAUGAAGGAGGAACGUCCCCUGCAGAUUUCUCAAGAAGCUUUUGGAAGCCUAGUAAGGCCAAGCUGACUGGAAGCCAGAAGGUGGGGGUUCAGAUUCUGUCCCAACUAGCUGUGUAAAUCUGGGCAAGUGACUAGACCUCUCUGGGUGCCAGAUCCUUAUAUGUAAGAGGACUGUGCCCUGUUCAACCUUAACUUUCAAAGAUUUUUCUUGUGAGUCCACUAAGAAAAAUGGUUGAUAAGCAACCAAUGCUGCCUAUCUCAGAUAUAUACCUUUUGACAGAGGCAAGAUCUUCAGUUAAUAGCAGCGAUUUUCAACUGGUGUGCCACAAGAAUUUUCAAUAUAUGCAGUGCCUGACUAUUUCAGUCAGGGGCAUUGACCUCUUUGCCCUUAGAUUGUCAAAUUAAAAA